AUGGAUCCCAGCGCUGUUAAGAACUAUUAUUUAUAUUUACAUGAAUACGAUCCAAAAGAUUUUCUUACUAUGUAUCUUUCUCCAACUAGUGACAAGCAACUGUUUUAUGAAAUUGUAAUAUUCCCUAUGAAGGAGCUUCAGAAACUUAACAUUUCAGGAGAUGUCUUGAUUGAUUUUACAACUGGACCCGUCAUUUUACAGCUGUUGCCAAUCUGUAAAAAUUUUAAUGAAUUUAUUGUUCUCGAAGCAAAAGAUUCCUUCAUUAAGGAAUUGGAGAAAUGGGUGAAGAAAGAAGAAAGAGGUUUUGACUGGAAUCAUCUCUCUCAAUAUUUUCCAGAACUGGGAAGUGACUGGGAAAAGUGGCUGGAAAAAGAAGAAAUUCUAAGAAAAAGAGUUAAGAACGUUAAGAAAUGUGACCUUGACAAAGCCAACCCCACAGAGCCUUUUGUAUUGGAGAAAGUCGACUGUGUCCUAAGUGCAUACGUAAUGCAACAACUUAGCAAAGAUAAAGAUUCUUACUUGAAAAACCUUAAAAAAAUUAUCUUCCUUCAUAAAAGUAGGCGGCCAUCUAAUAUUGGUUGGUUCAUUUAA